UGUUUCUUUUUGCCGAUUGUGAUUUUCUGAUGGUUUUCAGUUCGUUAAUUAGUAAUUAACUUAAUUCUUUUGAUUGUUCGAUCUCAUUUUGUGUUAAUUAGUCGUUGAAACUUGAUAAUUUUCUGUGGAUUUGGUUCAUGAUUUACUGAGUCAUCAAUUUGAGUCGUUUUAUAAGUUAAAAUAUUACCGAUAAUUUCCCAUGUAAAUUGAUGAUUUAAAAUGAGCCAGUUACAAUUAAUGGAUCCACAAUUUGAAUGUGGUAUCUUUGAAAUCUGGAGUGUGGGGAUCAUCGAUUCACUUAUAUACAGAGCUAAUUGUGGUCUUGAUGAUCUUCCAUAUGAUGUUGACCUGACCUUAACUCUUGACCAAAGACUGGAAAAAUGUGAAAGCAGUUUGGAUUUGCUUAAUCUCCGAACUAUGAAACCAGAAUUAUACGAAAUUCUAUUAGCUAAAACUGGUUACCUGGUGCGAAAAAACUGUUCCCAUAUUUGUGAUCCUUGUGAUAAAUUAACAUUUAAAACUCGAUUCAUUGAUUUGGUAUUUCUUAAUGUCCUUCGAGAGAAACAAUUGUUAACCGAGCCAACUGAAUAUUAUUAUGAAUCUGUGGUUGAUAUUUUCUCAAAGGUCACCUUUGGUUUAGCAUUUAUCAUUGAUUUAAUGGCUGAUCAAGGAUGGUAUAAAUUUCAAUCAAAAUUUCUCCGAAAAUUUACCGACGAUAAUCAAGUUAAACUAAUCAAAAAGGAACUACGAACACUAUCAUCUGAUUUUCAUCUUAACGUUUUAUUUGUUAUCUGGAAUAUUGAAAAUGUUAUUAAUAGUGUUGACGAUUUACAAGCUUUAAAUGAAUUCAAAGAUUCUGCUGAUCAUUUGCUCAAUCAAUCGUCAAUUAAGACCUUUGAUUUUAAGGAUAACCUGUCAAUAUAUUUGGCGUUAAUCAAUGUCACUUUAGAGGAGUUUAUGGUCACUGUUUCUCGACAAGCAGCUCGAAUGUUGGAUUUACACAAGAAACAUGAAACGGAAGAAUUAGUUAAUCCAAUUUUUACCAAAGUUAAAGUUAAUCUUCCAUUUAUUGAAGAUGUGGUCAGUUUCAUUGAUGAACUUGGUGAAAAAUUAUUCCCCAAUCAACAAAUAGAUGACAUCGAGAUUAUCAAGAGCUGUUUAAAGGAUCCCAAAAGUGAAUCUAUUAUUGGAAUGAUUGCUUCGAUCAAAGAAAUUUACAGUUUUCUCAGUAUUCUUCAGGAUGAAAUUUCUUUUCCUGAACUAAAAUUUGAAGGUUUCGAUACAUUGAUGGCCGGAUGGAGUGAAUGGUCUCCAGCCGGAAAUUUUAACGAAAUGCAAUGUCAAGAAGUGCUACUAAUGAAACGAUUCUUUGUCCAAGAACAUGAAGAAUCCCGUUAUUUAACUUGUAUCAUUCUCAAAUAUGGAUUACCCAAGUAUCUUGAUAUUCUGGAGACAAUUGAUCUUGAAUUUUACCUUGAUCCAUUUAUCAUAUUCUACUUUUGUGAUGUCUUACAAGCAACAUAUCAACGUUGUGAUUAUCGUAAGGGUGAUAGAACUUUAAUUGAGGAAUUAACCAUAAUUCUUAAACGAGUAUUUAACGUAAUCAAGUCAAAAAAGCGAAUCGCAUCAAUAUUCAAAGCAAGAGCAAACUUUUUUGGUCUUCACAGUUUAUUGGAUGUGGAAAAAGCCAAAUUAACACCAAUCUUGCGAUCAAAAUCUGGUGCAUUAAGAUAUGAUCAUAUUCGCACUGAGAUUUUUGUGGGCGCUUUUCUUUCACCUUACGAAAUUCUCAAUUUUAUCGUUGGCGAUACACUUGAACACUCUCACCAUAUGAUUCCCUUUUUGAGUAAACUUUUCUGUACCGAAUUGAACAGCCUAAUGUCCUUUCCCUGUGAGACAAAGUAUCAAAGUACUUUAUUCGAGGCGAUUAUUGGUGAUCGAUUAACCAUCUUACCAACAGAUACUACAACUUCGGGGUUUUUAAAGUUAAUCAAAGAAACUUUCCUGCUCCAUGUUAAUACUAAGAAACCUUUUGAUCGAGUUGUAUUAUCGAUUGAGCGUCUCAUUCGUCACCUACUCUGGGACAGUUGUUUGGAUCCUAGAACGAUCGCCGUCGCUAAAGCGUCAAUUUAUAAACUUAUUCAAAAUCUGACAGAUGAAUAUGAUAUCCCUUGGCCCGAAGUUGAAAAGGAACCUGGGUCACUUUUGUACAGCUUAAUCACUAUGAUUGAUUAUUAUUACUUGAAUGGUCAAUCGAAAGAGCAGUACGUUAGUUUGAUCGCUUUUGUUAUGAAUAAAAAGGUUCGACGGAAAAUCACAUCGCGAGAAUUAACUUGGAUAAUAAAUCGAUUCAAAUGGUUGGGAGAAAGUGUCUUUCUAGUCGCUUACCUUCAACCCUGGUUGGAAGAACGUCUCAGUUUUUAUCUCGACAUUAAGACCUACAAUCUUAGCGAGACUAUCCUGACAGCGGCCAUUCUUAAAGACAAUGUUUGGAUUCUCCAUGCAACUCACCAUGUGUUGGAUGGUGAUACUAAUCCCCAUUUCCAUAAUGGUAUCUCAGCGAUUUUCCGAUUCCUUGUUCCAAGAGAGUAUGAUAAUUUAUUUCGAUUUCUCUGUUGUCUUGAUGGCAUUGACGGCGCCAUCUUAGAUAUGUGUGAAGGAUUUCACAUUAUGGAACCCAAAUACGCAACUGAUUUAGGUUAUAUGUCUCAGUGCAUGGUGGAUUGUUUAUAUCAUCAUUAUUUGGAUUAUUAUAAGAAUCCUGAAAAAUAUGAUCCAGUUUUAAAGAAUAAACCGCCUGUUCGUACUGAGGAGAAAUUUCUGCCGCUUUUCUACCGACGGGUUUCAUCGUGUCUUUUCUUGAGCGCUCCUGUUGAGGUUCGAAGAGCUAAUAAAUUCGAAGCAUUUUUAGAAAAACUCGCGAUUGAAAUGGCACAAAAAGGAAUCGAUGUUCGUAGAGAACUGUACAAUGAAGAUCGUUCAUACCAUUACAUGGCCGAAAGGAUUUUGAAAAUGUAUCAUAAAGGCUGUUAUUAUGAACCACCCGUGCCAAAGAUUAGGCUGAUACCCGCUGGAGCUCGUUGUUAACCCGAUGGCGAUUAACAAUUUUAAACUGUCCACUGGAUUUCAAGAGUUACCAUUUGAUGAAACUUUUUCUUUCGUGUUUUCUUUUCUCAUUUCCCCAAAGAUAUCAUCUCUUGUUAAGUCAUCGAUCAUAUUUAUUUAAUUUUCUUCAUGUUAAUCAUUAACAAUUAACUUUGAUUCACUUGCGAAACCAAACAAAAAAACUACUCAAGUUGAGAGAUCUCAUUUUGUAUUGCAAAUUUUGCUUUUUGUUUUUCUCAUAUUAUUACUAUUUAAUUUGAUUACAGAAAAGUAAAUGAUCUCUUUUUUUAUAUAUAAUUAA